CUGACAGUGGCGCUACAACAUUAGAACAGGUGAAGCUGGGGUUUGGACUAUUUCCGUGGGUUGAAAGUUUCGAGGGGAAAAGUAACCAGGAAACUCAGUAACAUGAACAUCGGAUAACGAUAGACACAGUCUUACGAGUGUCAUGAAGUUCUAUGUAUGCCAGUCUGUAGGAUAUCCCACCGCGUGUGUAGCCUAGAGUGUUUUCUGGAUGGACUAACAGUUCCCGUGCCUUUGAUAGGCUAUUUCACUUGGAUUAUGUGAGGGGCUGAAGCUGGUGAACGCAGCGGUAAUCGAUUGAAUCUCAGUCAGAUUUAUUCUGUUCUUCAAACUAAACGGCGGGAUUCUUGUCGUCAUGAGCGUUAAAGAAGGUUGUAUGCAAUGUCUUGAGGCUGUCUUUAGACCAUGUCUAAACCGAUUUAACAAGAACAGUGGACCUGGAAAGAACGAUGUUGACAAAUCGGUGGUUAUUACAAAUCUGCAGGUUGUGGCUCCCAUGCGUGAACUGCCACCACCCUUACCUAAGGAAAGACCGGGAUAUGCCUAUGUAGCUCUCUAUAACUACACGGCCCGAACCGAAGACGAUCUUACUUUUAAUGCUGGAGAUAAACUCGAGGCAUUGGAUAAAAGCCAUGGCAAAUGGUGGUAUGCAAAGGCUCUCACCGGUGUCUCGGCGAACAAGAAGGGUUACAUUCCAGCAAACUAUGUGGCUGCAGUUGAAACUCUUGACGCAGAACCAUGGUUCUUUGCGGACACAAAAAGGCUAGAUGCAGAGAAACUGCUGCAGGGCGAGGGCAAUUCGCAUGGGGCCUUCCUGAUCAGACACUGUGAGAGCCAGAAAGGAGAGUAUUCCCUGUCAGUUCUGGACAAGGGUAAAGUGAAACACUACAAAAUUAGAAAAACAGAGACGGGAGAGUACUAUGUUUCUAGGAACCGGGCCUUUCCGACUCUGAAACUGCUUGUGGAGCACUAUUCAAAGAAAGAAGAUGGCCUGUGUCUGCGUCUCUUGCAACCAUGCAAAAAGAUGGAGGCUCCUCAGACACAUGGACUGUCCUACAACACUGCGGACCAAUGGGAAAUUGACCGCAGCUCAGUGCACCUUUUACGCAAGCUGGGGGCUGGACAGUUCGGGGAAGUGCACGAGGGAAUCUGGAAUGACACCACACCUGUUGCUGUAAAGACUCUGAAACCAGGGACCAUGGACGCUCAGGAUUUCCUGGGCGAGGCUCAGAUCAUGAAGAGGCUGCGGCACCCCAAGCUGAUCCAGCUGUAUGCUGUGUGCACGGUGGAGGAGCCCAUCUACAUCAUCACGGAGCUGAUGAAGAAUGGGAGUCUGCUGGAAUACCUGCAGAAGGAUGGUGGUACAAAACUGCGGAUCUCUGAUCAGAUCGAGAUGGCAGCUCAAGUGGCUGCUGGAAUGGCCUACCUUGAGCUCCAGAAUUACAUCCACAGAGAUCUAGCUGCCCGAAACGUUCUCGUUGGGGAGAAUAAUAUUUGCAAAGUUGCUGACUUUGGCUUGGCACGGGUCUUCAUGGAUGAGAAUGUAUAUCAAGCCAAAGAGGGUACCAAGUUCCCCGUGAAAUGGACAGCACCUGAGGCCAUCCAUGACAACAAGUUCACCAUCAAGUCUGACGUGUGGUCCUUUGGCAUCCUACUUUAUGAAAUUAUGACCUUCGGUCAAAUGCCAUAUCCAACCAUGACCAACUACCAGGUGGUGCAGCAACUACCCAACGGCUACCGCAUGUCCUGCCCUCCCCACUGCCCCAAAGUCAUGUACGAGAUCAUGCAGGAGUGCUGGACAGAACAGCCCGCCAACAGGCCCACCUUUGAGACCCUUCAGUGGAAGCUGGAAGAUUUCUUUGACAUGGACUUGACAUCUUAUGACGAUGCCAACCACUACUAGUUAGGGUUGCUACUAAUUCUGCAACCUUUUGUAAUAGUCCUGUAACACUUGCAAAAAGCCAAAUGCGAUCACGUCCACUUAGUUAAUGUGGGAUCCGGAGAAGGAAGAGAAAACACACUCCAAUAAGUCAUCUAUUAUUAGAAAGAAUGACUUCAGAUAAAAACCCUGUCAUGACAUUUCACUAAUGUCAUUUGGACCAUGGCGUGGAAGUAUCUGUUGUAGUAUUGUGUCAGGAUGUGUUGAGAGGAGAAACUCUGACAACAGUUGUUGUAUUGUCAACUGAAAGCACUUUUUAUAGACCUGCCAGUGUACCGUAGUGUCUGGCAGUCGUAUCGGCAGCACUGUGAACAUGAGGGUAGCCUUGUUUACUGUAGGCUUGGUUAGUGACUAUAAUGCAGUCUUUAACGUCAUGUACCUGUAAGUGUUUGGAUGGAAGGAUUACUGCCUGACCUGAUAAACCUGCUCAACUUGUUGUCUAUCUAUGCGGGACAGAUGUGGUCCAGCUGUUUAUGGGUCGUGACUCAUCAGAAUGCUGUUCUGUAACUGCCUUUGUCAGAGUCUGACACCUCUUUGAAAAAGAGGAACAGCUUUGCUUCAUUAAAUCCUUGUUCCAUAACGUAGGGUCAUUAUGUUCAUUCGUAUGGCCAGUUCAGUCACAUACUCUCCGUUGAAGAAUCAUCCUCACCAACACAAUUUAAAAGCUAUUACACAAAGAGAAACUGUAGAGUUGAAACUAAAGUUUACUAAAUAAUAACAACAAUCAUAAUAGUAUGGUUUGACAGAACAUCUUUGGCAUGAUCAUGUACAUUACACACCUGAGAGUGCUCUUAUGAAGGACAAAUCACAGUGAUCUGACCAAAUAAGCAGUUAACAUGAAGGUAUUGUGUUGUUUUGCUGUUUUUAUCCUUGCUAAGGGUAGACAGUUCAGUGAUUUUAUUUGUUUUCCUUGAUCUACUUUUUAAUGACUGAAAGAUUUGGAAUGGGUUUCCCUUAAUGUGUGUAAUGAACAGGCAGUUACAGUUGCACAGCAUGAAAUAAAUAAGAGAUUUAAUGUG